GGCCAGCCGCGCGCGGCAGAUUCGAAGCGCGCCCGGGCGUGGCGAGUGCUCCCUGCAGCGGCGCCAUGGACGAGGCGGUCGGGGACUUGAAGCAGGCCCUCCCCUGCGUGGCGGAGUCUCCCGCAGUCCACGUGGAGGUGCUGCAGCGCGGCGGCAGCACUGCAAAAAAAGAAGAUAUAAAGCUAAAUGUACGGAAGCUUCUCAACAGGCAUAAUAUUGUAUUUGGAGAUUACACAUGGUCUGAGUUUGAUGAUCCUUUUCUGACCAGAAAUGUACAGUCUGUAUCUAUUGUUGACACAGAAUUAAAAGCUAAAGAUCUUCAGCCCAUUGAUUUGAAUGCAUGCACUGUUGCACUUCACAUAUUCCAGUUGAAUGAAGAUGGCCCCAUCAGUGAAAAUUUGGAGGAAGAAACAGAAAAUAUAAUUGCAGCAAAUCACUGGGUUCUGCCUGCAGCUGAAUUCCAUGGGCUUUGGGAUAGCCUAGUAUAUGAUGUGGAAGUCAAAUCACAUCUCCUUGAUUAUGUGAUGACCACCUUACUGUUCUCAGAGAAGAAUGUUGACAGCAAUCUAAUCACCUGGAAUCGAGUGGUGCUUCUGCAUGGUCCCCCAGGAACUGGGAAGACAUCCCUGUGUAAGGCCCUGGCCCAGAAACUGACCAUCCGACUGUCUAGCAGGUACCGGUAUGGCCAAUUAGUUGAAAUAAACAGCCACAGCCUGUUUUCUAAGUGGUUUUCAGAAAGUGGCAAGCUGGUAACUAGGAUGUUCCAGAAGAUCCAUGACUUGAUUGAUGAUAAAGAAGCACUGGUGUUUGUGCUGAUUGAUGAGGUAGAAAGUCUCACAGCUGCUCGCAAUGCCUGUAGAGCAGGUGCUGAGCCAUCCGACGCAAUCCGUGUUGUCAACGCCGUGUUGACCCAAAUCGAUCAGAUUAAGAGGCAUUCCAAUGUGGUGAUUCUGACCACUUCCAACAUCACCGAGAAGAUCGACGUGGCUUUUAUGGACAGAGCUGACAUCAAACAGUACAUUGGACCACCCUCUGCAGCAGCCAUCUUCAAAAUCUACCUCUCUUGUUUGGAAGAACUAAUGAAGUGCCAGAUCAUAUACCCCCGCCAGCAGCUGUUGACCCUCCGGGAACUGGAGAUGAUUGGCUUCAUUGAAAACAACGUGUCAAAGCUGAGCCUACUUUUGAGUGAAAUUUCAAGGAAGAGCCAAGGACUCAGUGGCCGGGUCCUGAGGAAGCUCCCUUUUCUGGCUCAUGCGCUGUAUAUCCAGGCACCCACCGUCACCAUCGAGGGGUUCCUUCAGGCCCUGUCUUUGGCAGUGGACAAGCAGUUUGAAGAAAAAAAGAAGCUUUCCACCCACAUAUGACUCUGUGUCCCUCUGUGGUUUUCUCUGGAGAACUAGGGUAGUGCCUGCUUCGUGUGAUGCUCCAAAAACACUUCUGCAAGCCACCGAGGCCUGUGGCCACAAGACAUCGUCACAAGAAGGGCUGCACUUGUGCUACUUUAAGUGCAUAUUUAGAAGACAAAUAGCUUGUCAUUUCCAGUUUUUAGAAGAUAAUGCAAAUUCUGUGUGCAACCCAAAUAUGUUUAUUCCAUCCUGCCUUUAGCCCGCUAGACACAAGAUGUUACCAAGAUGGUUUAAACUAAAGUGAGCAACACAGCUGUUAUAGAAACAGGAAAAAUACAGCCAACCUAAGCAAAGGGUGCAGUGACAGCAUGACAGGUGGGCAGGUCACUCUGCUGGGAGAAACUGCUUUCUGAUACAAGCUGGUUUUAUUUAGUGGGUAAGAAAAUUUGUUCCUGUGGUACAAAGUGGAGAAAUAAUCCUGGUGAUCUUUCCCACAGCAGUCUGAUGUGAUCUCCUUCAGAGACCAGACCCUCUGUGUGUAGCGGGGCAGUGUUUGCAAGUUUCUGCUCUUUGCUUUACUCACAUGCCCCAUGUAAAAUGAGUAGGUGCAUUUGAUAGAAUACUAUGUCCUUUUCUCAUGAUAGAGUAUUUUACAGUAAUACUUUGUACAAAAGUCCACUUGUAAAGGGAGUGAUGCCUGUGUCAUAAACAUUUUAAAUAUUAAACCUGUUUUCAGAGUUUUAUUAUUUUGGUUUCGGCAUCUCUCAAAUUUCUAGAGGUUUUUGGAAUGCUCACUUAGCACUGAGCCUGUUCCCGCUCCUCGGACCUUGCACCGUAGCUUGGUUAUGAGACACAUCUACCCCACGGACAACUGUAUGCAGUAGCCAGAAGGCUUAGGAGGUAUAGCUGGGAUUACAGACAAGUACACUAGCCUGAGU